ACAGGGACAGCGUCGCUGCCGUACCGAGCCGCCGGCGGCGGCGGUCGCAACAGCCGCUCCCGAUGCUGCGGUGGCUCAUCGGCGGCGGCCGUGAGCCGCAGGGCCUGGCGGAGAAAUCAUCUGUACAGACAGUUGGUGAAGAACAAAUACAGAAUCCUUACACGGAGCUUCUUGUGUUGAAAGGUCAUCAAGACAUAGUACGAUUUCUUGUGCAAAUAGAUGAUUGCAGGUUUGCAUCUGCAGGAGAUGAUGGCGAUAUAUUUCUGUGGAAUGCUCAGACCGGCGAAAAACUUUCUGAACUUCAUGGACACACACAAAAAAUUACAGCUAUAGCACCAUUUCCUUCAUCAGAUGCUUCUGAAGAAAAAAACCACUUGAUUUUAACAGCAUCAGCUGAUAGAACAGUUAUUGUUUGGGAUUGCAGUAGUGGCAGACAGGUUCAGAAAGUGUCAUGUUUCCAUUCUACUGUCAAGUGUUUGACAGUUCUUCAAAGACUGAAUGUAUGGUUGUCUGGAGGGAGUGAUCUGUGUGUUUGGAACCGAAAAUUAGAUCUCUUGUGUAAGACCAGUCAUCUUACUGAUUCAGGUAUUACUGCUUUGGUUGAAUUGCCUAAAAAUUGUGUUGCAGCAGCUGUUGGCAAAGAGCUAAUAAUUUUUAGGUUGAUUGCUUGUAAUGGUGAGUCUGAAGGUUGGAAUGUCGUUGAAGUAAAACGCCUUGUUGACCAUCAGGAUAACAUUUUGUCACUAGUCAGUGUCAAUGACUCUACUUUUGUGACAGGUUCUCAUGUGGGUGAGUUAAUAGUUUGGGAUGCACUUGACUGGACAAAGCAGGCAUCUGAGUGCAACUUCUGUGACGACUCUGUUCAUCCAGAUAUACAGCCAGAAAUAAAGUUAUCUCAAAGCCCAAAUGAAACUUCAGUUCAACACUUAACAUCUGAUGAGGAGUGUGUGUUUGCUGCUGUUGGGAAAGGCAUAUACGUAUAUAAUCUUCAAAUGAAGCGUGUGAUUGCCUGCCAAAAAACUGCUCACGACUCUUCUGUACUGCACAUUGCGAAGAUUCCAAACAGGCAGCUGAUCUCCUGUUCAGAAGAUGGCAGUGUGCGCAUUUGGGAGCUCCGAGAAAAGCAGCAGCUGCCAGCUGAAGUGGUUCCAACAGGGUUUUUCAACAUGUGGGGAUUUGGAAGGGCAAACAAGCAGGCAAACCAGGCUGCUAAGAAGAUGCAGGAAAAUACACCCGUAUAUUUCUUGGAGCUGGUUGGUGAUUUGAUUGGUCAUUCAUCAGCUGUGCAGAUGUUCCUGUACUUUGGUGAACUGGGACUGGCUACGUGUUCUGCUGACCACCUCAUCAUUUUGUGGAAGGAUGGUGAACGAGAAUCUAGACUUCGCAGUUUAACACUGUUUCAAAAAUUGGCGCAAAAUGGUGUUCUGCAGCUCAAAUUUUAAAUUGGGUACAGGCUAUGUAUGUGUAAACUGGGUACAUGUUAAGUGUGAGUGUGAAGGAAAGUCUGAACUACUUGGAAUAACUACCAGUAACUACCAGUAAUAUCAUUUAUUAUAUUAGAGUUAUUGUUAGUUGCUGCUACUCUUCUCAAAGGAGAAUUUUGCAUGUUGAAACUUACUUUGCUUACUCUGUCAGCAGAAAUGGUGUUCUCUUGAAACACUGAAGAUAAUGCUAGUUUCUAAUAUUAUUCCUAAUGUUUAAAAAUAUCAUGGUCAGAUGUCAAAAUUAAGAUUUGUGAAAGUCCUUAAAUGGAUCAAAAGUAAAGCAGCUGGGGGCAUUCCACAGUUUUAUGUGCAGAAAGGAAGCAUAUUAAAAAACACAGUCUUUCUGCUUGAUGUAACAUAUUUCUUGAAGCUAAACUUCAGUCAGUUAUGGCUGAGAUAUGUACCUAGAGAAAAACCCCAAAGAAACAGUUCUGAGAUAGAAUUCUUCCAUUUUAAGUUGUUAUCCUGCAUAACGGUAAGUGCAAGAAAGAAAAUUAGGUAAUACUGGUUUGUCAGGUUUUAAUUUUUUGGCAAAGUUACUCCUAAAUUGCAGUAGCUGCCAUUUUACUGUGGGUUAACCUACACUACUGGAUUUUAUAUAGCACCAUUAUCAUGUUUAGCAUGAAGUUUCAUUGGCUUAGCUUAGUCUUUCCACAAAACAUUCAUCAAAUUAAUUUGUAUCUAAUAAAAAGCACCAGUGUUACCAUGGAUUUUCAGGAUGUAAAAUGCUUUCUUAAGCAGUAGCAGUCGGUGUGUUCAGUAUUAGCAAAACAUUUCUGCCAGAGGAAUAUAAAAUUCUCAGCUGAAGUUUGCAGAGAAAUCUGCACCAAGUUUGUAAGUAUAAGUAGUAUUUUAGAGUUUAAAAAUAAAAAGCAUCUAAGUAAGUACACAAUGCCUUUUUCGAGUCUGAGACAGCAUUAGUAAUCUGAAAACUAAACAGGAGUGGGAAAAAAGUUCCAAACUAAAGAACCCCAAACCACAGCAACAAAACCCCAAAAG